ACACGCGUUCAGAAACAUCUCGCAAACACACCUAACACAGCCCCAAUCAACACUCCCAUCAUGUCCGACCAAAGCACAUCAGAUUAUCACUACACCCCCAUUGGCAGGGCUGCAAACAGCCCCGAGUCAAGCUUCAUCGGCACCUCUCCCACGUAUCAGCAGAUCAAAGCAUUCUACCCACAGCUUUCCGAAGACAUCAUUCUUGACCUAAUGAGAGUUAAUCAAAACAACGCAAGAAAUUUCCAACUCGGACUGCAGCAGGCUCACCGAAGCUUGCCUCGCCACCGUAUACGCAAGCCUGGCGGCCGUGUUCGUGCGCAAACCGAUGGGUCGCAUCGACGAAGUGUUCUAGACGCGCGAUAUCUUACCUACCGCCAAAGGGAGAGUCUAUCGAAGAGAUCCACUGUGACUGACGUUGAGGAGGAAGAGAAGGUACUCUUAUCUACACUACUUCAAAGUGUAGAUCGCAACAGAAGCGACAAAGGCGGGGUCACUGAUGCAGAAGGCGCCAGGAACGAACGUGUGGUCGCGACGUGGGAUCACAACCAGAACGCCGCCGAAACCAGUGAGAACAUGGAAAUCGACUCUGGUACUGGGCUUGGCUUCUUGGACUCAACUUUUGCAGCUGCCACGCGAGCUCCUCCCAGCACACCAGAACUCAUGCCUGGUAUCAAGCCUCAGCGGGACGAAGAGAGCUUUGCAACCGGUAAUCUUGUUGAAGCCCUCUUAGACAACACUGCCUGUGUCGAUACCGAAGAGUCACAGUUACAUGACACUCCCAUGUCAUGAGCCACCAGGCGUACUGGCUCAAAGGAGCCUUGUUACGCCCUGUCCAAAACAGGUAGGCGCGAACGAGGAUGUCUUCGACACGUUCCAAGUGGCCACAGUGGAUGCUCGAUUCCGCGAGCUGCAACGCCCAAACUCCUUCAUCUUGAGUCAGUUAGUUGCAAAUCACAUCUCCCGUAUCCCUAGCUAUUGCAUCAGCGUGGUUAGAAUAAAGAAGCAG